AUGUCUGUAAUAAUUAUAAGAACACUGUGUUUCGCUAUUAUAGCUGUUCAGGGUUCAGUAAAUGGACGAUAUAUUGGGAAAGAUUAUUUCUUUAACUAUAUUUUGGAUAAUCUUACGCCCCAAAAUGAAGCGUUCUGGCCUAGUGGAAACUUCAACCCAGAAAGUCCCUGUAUAGACAAAAGCUCAUUUGUAAGAAAAGAUCUUGAAGCAAUCGUUGAUUAUAUGUACGAAGAAUUAAAGUUACACGAAAGUAUUUCCAAAGCAUAUCUUCCCAAAGCUAAUGAAAUACAAAAGAAAUAUAUAAAUCAACUUGAAACUUUCGAUGAAUGGUUUAAAGGCCAGCCGGAACAUCUGAAGCAUAUUAUCGAAAGCCUGACGGACAGGCGUAAUUUUUUAGAACCGCAAAUAAAAAAAGUCGGUAAUACAUUGAAGAAUUAUGACUCUUUGAAAAAACAUAUAGAUCGACAACAACAUGAAUUAGAUACACUGACAUUAAAAUUUAAACGUUUUAAAAAUAUAUGCCACGCAAACUGUCCUGGUAUUGUUACAAGAUUGAGUGCUCAAAAGGAACACUCAUUAUACUAUUGUGGAACUGCUGCAGAAAUUAAAAACAUUUCUACGGCUGAAUUAAUGACAUACGUUAAUACCAUUUUAAAGCCUGACUUAUUAAAGGAAUUAACGAGUUUUGAUGCAAAAUAUGAAAAGGACAUAGAUACUCUAGAAGAAAAUAUCAAAGAUAUAGCUUUGAAGGAUUAUGGUCGACUAUUAGUAGAUAUACUUCGUUUCCAUGAUGAGUACAAUCAUUAUUAUAAAUUAUUUGACGUUGAUAUUGAGUCUUACAAGAAUGAAGUUGAUGAAAAACUUUUAUUUAUGGAUGGGAAACUGGCACAAUUACAUGCAGCUACAGAAAAGUAUAGGAAAUAUUGUUUGCAGUGUGAUGAAAACUCUCCAAUACUCUUUUCAUGGAAACACAUAACGGACAUUAACGAGAGAAGCAACAGCGGCAAUUUGGAGCCACAACAUAAUUUAUUGAAUGAUGUUAUCAAGUCCAAAAUAGAAAAAAUUCACCAGCAGUCACUUAGUGACAUUGAGAAUAUAUUUUCCGAAUUAGACGUAAAAAUUGAUGAAAUUAAGCAACGUAAUACAAAUGUCACUAACUUUAAACCUAUACAAGAAGAUAUCAAGAAAGAUUUUCGUAAAGAAAAACAAUUAUUUAAUGAACUUAAAAGUGUGGUCUCGAAGGAAAGUAUUGAAAAUUUCUUAUCGCUCGACAACGAAGCUUCUAAGUUAGAUGUAAGCAUUGGCGAUACUUUAGGAGAAGUUAAAAAGCUGAUAUUAUGA